AUGUCAAAGCGAAUUCGUAGAAGCCGGAAUGUAGUGCGCCGUUAUAUUCAAGACGUCGAUGGUUACGGUACCAAAAAAUCACCAGGAAGGCCACGAAAAGUUUCAACAAGAGAUGAACGAAACAUCCUCCGAAUGGUUUCAAAUUCAGUAACGAGUGCGAAUGAUGUGAGAACCGAGUUGAAACUUGAUGUAUGCAAGAAUACUGUGAUCAAUACGAUUCAUAGAAGUGGUGUCAUGGUUCACCAGAAGAUGGCGAAAACUCCGUCAAUGACUGAUCGGCAUAAAGAAUUUCGACUCGACUUUGUUCGGAAUAAUCUUGCCACUGAUUGGAACAAGGUGAGUUUGCGAAAGUUCCUGAUUUCAAUAAGUUAAUACAUUAAGGUGGUGUUCUCGGAUGAGAAAAAGUGGAAUCUGGACGGACCAGAUGGAUUUAGAUCCUAUUGGAGAGAUUUGAGAAAGGAUCCGAGAUUAUUUUCUAGACGAAACUUUGGAGGAGGUUCUCUAAUGAUCUGGGGUGCUUUCUGUGGAAAGAAGAAGCUUCAGCUUCAGUUUAUUUCGACUAAGAUGAAUUCCAAUGAUUACCAAGAGGUUCUGAAGAAAACUAUUGUUCCUUUUUUCCGCAACCGUCGAAACACACACAUAUUUCAACAAGACAAUGCCAGCAUUCAUAAAAGCCGGUCAACGCUCGAUUUUCUAGCCAAGAAUAGGAUCAAGGAUAUGAAAUGGCCGGCUUGUUCCCCUGAUUUGAACCCAAUCGAGAAUAUUUGGGGUUUUUUGGCCCGUCGAGUUUAUAAAACUGGUGUUCCAUUCAAAACUCAACAAGAAUUGAAAGAUGCCAUCAUUGCUGCUUGGGAUGCGAUUCCACCAAGUGAACUCGAGAAAUUAGUGGAUAGUAUGAAGGAUAGAAUGAUGGAAGUGAUUCAAAAAAAUGGCGGUGAGACUAAAUAUUGA